ACUAAAAGCUUUCAUGAAGCCAUCAACACCGCGAGGCGAUGCCACUGGAGAUUUGGCAGCCUGGGGUUCACUGGCCAUGUGGCUUUAGCCCUGAAGAUGACAAGCGUGUUGUCCCCACCUUUUCCCUCUUUUUGUUUUGUCGUUUCUCACGGCUGCCGAGGUGUGGUGCCAUCUUCUCUCUCGCUCGCUUGCUCGCUCGCUCUCUCUCUCGAUUUCGGCUGGCGCUGCAGCUCGUCUUUGAUGUCUUCUGUGGCCUGCUCUUUACUUUUUUUUUCUCUCUGUCAACCAGAAAAACCGUUAACUUCCUUCCUGCCCCUCGUAUCCUGUACGAGCGAGCGAGUGCGAGGGCGCCGGGGAGCUGGAUUGCCGCAGGGUUGCUCUGCGAGUUGCUGCUCACUUCUCUCCGGGACGGACAGGCCAGCCCAAACGAAGACAAGACAAGCCGAGAGAGUGACCUGCUGCCCACCGCCAUGGACCUGUCCGGCUCAGGAGCCUUCAUGUGGGGAGCGGCGCUCCUGCUGCCAGGCUUGCUGACCACAGCUUUGUGCAUCUUCUGCCGGAGGCACCCGAGAGUGAGGAUCCCGGAGGUUGACGACUAUGAACCCAAGCCCAGUUUUGAAGGCCAAGGCUUCACCAUCCUCGGCCGGCACCCCUAUACCAACUCAUCUCAACCUCCUCAGAUGUCACCAUUCCUGCCCCUUCCGUCGGCACUUCCACAGACCCGAAGUCGCAUAUCCUUGGUAAACACGGAUGACAAAGAUAGUGUGCCCAGCUAUGAAAAUAACGGACCCGUGGGCGAUGACGACUAUGUAAACGAAGCUGAGAUACCCGGAGAGGGAUACAUUGAAGUCCUGCCAGACCCCCCGCAGUCCAACACACCUGACACGCUGAGCCACACUCCCGCCCGCUCGUCCUGCAGCUCAGUCGGCGAGGAAGACUACGUGAACCUGAACCUGAAGGAGAACAACGUGAGCAGCAGAGUCGAUUCCUACUGUGCAGACAAUGGAGACUACGAGAAUGUGAAGGCCAAAAGCAGUGGGCUCAGUCACAGCCAGCUGACCCUCGAGAGGGUCGACAGCGAAGACGACGACUAUGUGAACAAUCACGUGUCAGCCCCUGCACCCAAAGGAACACCAGUAGCGAGGGGGGAGUCCAGGGGGUCACACUGAGGGGUGUCCUGCCUUUACCUUGGAGCCGCAGCACGUCCACCUCACGGGAGUCGGACGCUAAGACAAAGACUGGCCUGCAAUGGCUGAUGGGAAUUCUGCUGCCUGCAUUUCCUCUUUAGAAACUGGAAACUGAAAUCUUGCUGAGAUCUGUGGGAUUUAUGACAUAUCCUGAGAAGAAUUAAGAUGCAAUGUUUAAAUGUGUGUGUGUGUGCGCGCGCACGUGUGUGUCUGUCUGUCUGAACACCUUCACCCCUCCCCCACACUCUAUUCUGAAAAUAAAUAAAUAAAUAAAUACAACUUCAAA